AUGAACCACGCCGAUCAAAUCCCGCCAGUGCCCACCCCUGGAGGCAACCCACGAGCCAUAAGGACCUACCUAGAGAGCUUAAUUCGGGACGCGCUCGGGGCAGGCACCCAACUGUCCUGGGACAGCACCCCACGAACCAUACAUGAGCUGGCCUCCCGCACAAUGACCUUCUCAAUCAGCGUUACCCACAAAACCCCCAAGAUCGCAGUUGGCGAAGUCUCGCUGUACCACCAUCUUCAUGAAGAGCAGCAUGAGAAUGUCCUCGGUUUGGCUGCUAGCACUCUGAUCCAGCAGGGCUGUGCUUGUAUUAUUGCUCUGAAACUGUCUAUUCAUGAGGAUCUAUCGGGUUGGGAGGGGGCUGAUCCUUCUGUGCUUUCCGAUAGGUCUUGUCCUGAGACAGAAUAUGUUGCGCUGCGUGCAAAGGUCAAUUUGGCUUUCAACUGGGUCAGUGCACCUUACAUUGAAAACGGCCGGUGA